UUCGUCUAUAGUUAACAUGGCGGGUGAUGAAAGUGACAGUGAUCUGAAACCGUCCAGUGUAGCUAUAAUUAGAGAAGUAUAUGACAGUGAAAAUGCACAUAUUAAAUUUGAAAUGGAAUUGGAAAGAGCACUGGAGGCUGGAGUCAGUGUUAUCGUUAUUGAACCAGAACCACUUGGAGAAGAGACAGCGAGAUGGAUAUAUGUAGGAAAUCUUCUUCAUAAAGUUUCUGUAUACAGCGGAAUUUGUAGCAUUACCUCAGGUCUUGUUUGGAACUCACUGGCCUGCACUCCAUUUGGAGUAGUUUCAGUUCUAUGUGCUGGUUGUUAUACUUUAUCAUGGCAAUGGGAUCCCUGCUGUAAAUAUCAAGAAGAAAAAGAUCGCAGACAUUUGGCAACCUUGCCUGUUUUAAGUGAUCUUACAUCUGCAUCGCCAGUUGUUCUCAUACGCACAGAUAAUACAAGAAAAAUAUUAUUGCAUACCACUAUUUCUGCUAGCGCAGUCGCCAUCUGCCUGUGGCGAAUAUACAACAUGUUUAAAUAAAAUGUGUUAGAUAUAAUUUGAAUGCUUAAAAUAAGAAUUGGUGUUAUCAUUUAGAAAAGUUUAGUUCUAUUCUAUAACUGAAUUAAAAUAUUCUUAUGAUUAAAAUGUUUUAAUCAAUAAAGUAGAUUAAAAUAUUAGUUGUAGUAAGUUUCUUC